AUGUCCCUCCGACCGGACGCAUCCCGCACGGGUGGGAUGAUUCUCCAGGCAUUCCUAUACGGCCUGUACGUGGUCAGCGUCUUCCAAGCUCUCUCCACUUUGCUCCGGGACCACUCGAAGCCACCAUGUCGAUGGAAGAGGCGCUCAGAUAUCCAGUGGCUCACCCUCUCCGUGUGUGUCUUGCUAUGGGCGAACGGCACGUUGAACGUAUGCCUGGGACUCGUAAGAACGUUGCGCGUGGAUCGGAUCUUCGAGGAAGAGGAGCUUGCAGGCUGGCUGAAUUUGAUUCGGGGAACCAAUUGUUCACUACAAAUCCUCCUCGCGGAUGGGAUACUUAUCUACCGCGCAUGGGUCGUAACUUCCCGCACACUUCGGUUCAUCGUGCUACCUCUCUUUCUCUGGGCCGCUGGACUUGCUUCUUGUAUUGUCGGGCUAAUCUUCCAAGCGCGGUCCAACCUAUUGGCACCCUCCAGAAACCUAACGAUCAUGUACGACGCAUGGACGGUCUUCUGGACAGUGACUGUUGCACUCAGCAUUUAUUGCACUUCCUUGAUUGCGUACAUGGUGUGGAGGGUGGAUCGGGUGGCUUCAAGCAGUCGUGUUGGAAGAUCCCACUUGUUCUCGGUGGUGGUGAUCACUAUCGAGUCGGGUCUUCUCUAUACGAUCACCUCAAUCUUCGCGUGUGUUAGCACUGUUACGAAGAGCGAUUCCAUUUUUACCACUACGGCGGCGGAUAUUAUCAUGAUAGGGAUUGCGUUUAACUUGAUUAUCAUCUCCGCGGGACAUAGGAGGGAAGCGGAGCAAGACAAGUCCCAGCCUGGGGGAGUAAUGGUGACGACGAUAAGAUUUGAAUACCCGGACCACCCUCGGGGUCACAGGGAUUUAGAGAUGGAGCAAAUGACCGGGCAGCCCCCGUUGUAUGAGAAGAACGAAGGAUUACAGUCGACCUCUAGGCGCAUUUAA